AUGGAUGAACCAAAAGUGGCCGUCGAAUGUGUGAUGGUCUCGUACAACUUCACCCAAGACCCUGAAAAGGCGAAGAUCGUAAUGGUCUCGGCAUCGGGACUGAGGUUCUUCGACCGCUGGGUCUUAACUCACGGCUCGAUCCUAGCUCCGUUGAAAGAAGCCGAAAUAUUCCAGCGCUCCAAAGGAAAACUGAUCCUCAACGACGAAUUCUACGCGAAACUACCAGAAGUCUACAUUUCCGGACAGUACAGCACCCAGGAGAAGAACGUUUACGACAAUCUGGAGGUGCUCAGCAAAAAUAGGCACGCCCAAAACGGCGCUGACUUGGAGCACAGCAGCUAUUUAGUACGGACGGUGAUGGGCAGAAUAUGUCAUAUAUGGCAAUGUUCGGUUGUCGACCGAUGCGCGUCCGAUGUCUUCUACAACUGGUCGAUAGGACACCGCGAGGCUGGUGAGGACGAACAAACGUCCCUGGGGCACUCUCUGCUCUCCGUAUUCGUGCUGAUCGAUCUCGAGGGAUGCGACCAAGAAUUCAAAACACUGAGACCACUAUCGAGUCUGCUGGACAUCGUGCAUCCUCCGCCAGUGCGAGGAUCGCAGCUGCUUGUCUGCUCCACGCCGUUCGGAUGCGAGGCGUUCCUGAAUUCGGAAACUAUUGGAUACAUUUGCGGCGAGGUCGGGGUUCGGCCCUCCUUGAUCCUGACCGAUGCAGCCACUUCUUUGGGGUCCGAGGGUGGCGCUGUAUUCGCUACUGGCAAAUCGUUAAGUUUAAUUGGUAUAGUGGCGUGCAGUGUGUCUUGGUGUCGGGGUGAAUGGGUGGGUCUGACUCUGGUGGCGCCGCUGAUGACAGUACUGUCCGCGAAACUAAACAUGGACAUGGCCAACCUAGCGAGACCUCGGACCAGGGAUCCGUUGAUGACAGUUCUUAACACUAUAGACAGAACGACCGUAUUGGUACGUUGCGGUUCCACUUGGGGCUCCGGAGUGUAUCUUGGAGAUGGGUACUUCAUCACCUGCUCGCAUUGUCUCAACGAGUACACGAACAGGAGAGUGGAAAUAUACUGCCAAGGGAUCAAGGAGCACGCGGUGGUGGUGUACCGAACUGUCCAGGAUCGGCCUUACGAUCUGGCGGUGCUGUACUCCAGCCCCGCGAAGUGGAAGCAUUUGCAGGUGGCCAAGCUCUCCGACAAUCCGGCUUGGAAAGGAGAGCAAGUGAUGGCGGUCGGGUUCCCGUAUUACAGUGAGCACUCCGUGGACUCGCUGGUGCCCACUAUGACGAAUGGCUACGUCAAUAACGUCUCGCCGUCGAUGAUUCAGACCUCGUGCUGUGUGCAGUCUGGGUUCAGCGGUGGUCCAAUAAUUCGUCUGACCAGCGGCAUCGAAGUGGUCGGCAUAAUUGUGAGCAAUGCCAAGAACGACGAGAACGCGUAUUACCCGUACGUGAACAUGGCGGUGCCGGCCACGGCCUUCAAGGACUCCGUGCAGAAGUUCAUGAUCAGCAAGGAUCCGAACAGCCUUCAAAAUUUGGAAAAUCAAAGAGAAAUCAUUCAAUCACAAUGGCGACUGUUGCCGUACCGAUCCAAAAUAUAAACCUAAACAAUGUUUAUAUCCAUUCUCAUACUAUAAUAAAUUAAAAAAAUAAUAAUCAUUUAUUAAAAUAAGCAUUAAUACCAGUAGUUUCCGUGAUUUCGUAUAUCUAGAAAUCGCAAUAGCUCGGAGGUACAGUACCCGGCGUUAAAUAUUGCACACCGUCCUAUGAAAAGAGAGGAUCGGUUAUUUUAGGCUUUGUAUAAUAAACGAUGUGCAAUAUUUAACGUCGGGUACUGUAGUUUAGAUUUCCCUGGAAAAAAAAAUAUUUUUCACAAAAUAUACCGCUUUUGCAUCCUAAAUAUUCCCUUUAUACGGAUCUAUGUAGUGAAAAUGGGCAAGACCCGUGUUUAUUGGUCCGUCUUUCGGCUAUAAAAGUCGUGUGUAUGUGGCUCAACUCAUUUUGGUCAUUCAUAUCGAAGAGGCAUGUUGUUGGAUAACCCUUUUUAAAUAUUUUUUUACACAAUAAAUUUUGUACAGCUUUAUUUAUUUAUUUAUUUUAUUUAUUUAUUUAUUAAGUUGCACCAACAAAGUGAUCAUCAAUACAAAACAUUGACGAAUUGACAAAAGUUCAUGGCAGGUAUCAUCUCAAUUAUAGAUGUAAUCGACAGUGCAUUAACAACAAAAAUAAAUAAUAGAGCAUAUAUAGCUUAGAAGCUAGAUCGGUAUAUAGGAUACUUCUAAAGACAUCAUGACCCGGGCAACGUCGGGUGUAUCUGCUAUGACCAAUACGACAGUGUGUUCGUUGAUUUCUUAUAAAAACGAAUAUACAAGUUGACGGGUCGUUUAUGGUCCAGAGUGUGACACAAGAAAUUCUUUGUCCCAGGAAAAUCAACGUGUUUAAUUUUGUUGUGAAUUUAACACGGGUAAAACCGCGGGCCACACUUGUUCGACCAUUUAUAUUAAUACUUUUUUCAAUAAUUAAUCAAGAAACCAUAGAAUUCAUGACCUCAAGAAAAUUUGAAACAAAAACCUCAAGAAUCCGUGUUUAUGUAGAUGUCACGCAAUGAAUGAGAUAUUUAGAUCAGAUUCAUAGUAGAUGAAGUAACAUAAUAUGCCAGUCUUUGAUUCUAAUCGUAGAUUUUAAGCGCGAAGAAGCUUGUCAGAGUUAAUUGUUAUUUUUUUUUACAAACAAACACAUAUUGUAUAGUAUUUUUUUAAUAUGUUAGCAUGAUCGCUUAGGUUCGGACAUUAUGUUUCCGCAGCCAAUUUUCAAAAUGUGCCAAAGUUUUUUUUUUUUUAUUGUGAAUGUGAUAUUUUUUAUUUCUUUUAGCUACCGAAUUUAAUUUAAUAUAAAUAUUUAGGUUAAG